AUUGAGGUUAGUUCCCGCCCAGAUCCUCUGAACUCCACUUCCACAUUGUUCUCCUCUAUAUCCAGGGAACUAAGAUGCCGGUUGAUGUACUCGGCGGUACCGCUAUCCGGCCUAUUCAAAGGGAAGGAUGGGAGGCAAUCAGUUUCUUCCUGUAUGAUAAAUCCACAGGUGCAAUCAUGGGGCGCACUCCCAAGUCUUGGGCUUUAAUCAUCGGAUUUUACAUAAUCUAUUACAUCUUACUUGCCGCUUUCUGGGCCCUUUGUAUGUUUGUAUUCUUUAAGACAAUUGAUGAUACGGUUCCCAAAUGGACAACAGAUGAAAGCCUGAUCGGAACAAGUGGAGCACUGGGAAUUCGUCCAAAUCAAUCCGAUGAAUUUAUCGACUCCAGCAUGAUCAUAUUUAACCAAGCAGCAGAGGGCAAAACUGUAACGGGUGGGGUGGCAGGAUGGAAGGAAUGGGCGGAAAGAACAAACAAGUUUCUUGAAAAAUACAGGACAAGUAAGGGGGUUGACUGCACUUCUGAAGAACCUGGUCCAGGCAAAUUCUGCAAGUUUCCAUUGGAGAGUCUAGGACCCUGUGGUCAGGAUAAUUUUGGAUAUGAUCUUGGUAAGCCUUGUAUUUAUCUGAAAAUGAAUAAAAUCUAUGGACUCACCCACAGUUACUACAAUGAUACUGCAGAUUUACCCGAGGAACUACCAACAGACUUAAAACUAUCAAUGGCGAAUCUUACUGGAGAGGAACUUAAUCAGAUCUGGGUUAAUUGUCACCCUGAACAUCCUGCUGAUAAGGAAGGUCUGGGCGACAUAGAAUAUUUCCCUAAAUCUGCUGGUUUCCACGACAAAUAUUUCCCUUUUAAAAACCAAGCAAACUACCUUGGCCCCCUGGUGGCAGUGCAGUUCCAAAACCCAACCGCAGGCCAGCUCCUCCAUAUUGAAUGCCGCGCAUAUGCUAAGAACAUACUGUACAGUAAGAGAGAUAAGCUCGGCAUUGCGCAUUUCGAAUUAUUGAUUCAUAAUGAAGCUACUGCUAAGAAAGCAGAUGCAGAGUUGUAAACACCAUCUUCAGUAUUUUCUUAUGUAACCAGAGCUGAAAACUUUAGAAUGAGAUAUCCUUAAUCCCGACCUGUUAAUUAAUUUGGAGAUUAAUAACAAGAGG